GCCAGUGGUUAGUGGUCAGUGGGAGUUUACAGUUCUACAGUCUACUGAGCGUUAUUAACACGAAAAGACCGAUUGUGUAAUUAUUUGUUCAACAUUUGUGUUAUAAUUACGCUGAAUUAUAGUUACGGCGUUGAGUAAUAAAGUCACGUCGCAAAAAUACGCCCCUCGAGCUCUUAUUUCAGGACACGACCAGUCAGAAGGCAGUAAUUAUCGAAGUCGAACGUAACCAAAGUUCAGUCCCAAACGCCAGAGGAAGAUGGCCUGCGCUACGUUAAAAAGAACGCUGGAUUUCGACCCUGUUCAUAAUCAUGGAAGACCAUCUAAACGUCGACGAUGUGCCCCAGUGUGCAUUUCUCCAAAUGUACCAUCAACAAAACAACAUCCAUCGCCUUUUGGAGAAGUUUGCCCGAAGUUAACACCUGAAAAGAUGGCUGCUAACAUUCGUGAAGAAAUACGCCGGUUGCAUCGCCGUAAGCAACUCAGCUUUUAUCCAGGUCAGGAUGUCCAUGGUAGUCAAGAAUCCUCAUCUGAUGGUGCCAUGGAUUCUCCAGGAUCACCAACUACCUCAAGCUUUGCUACCACAUACUCAUCAAGCACCAAGGAAAAGCCUUUAUUUACCUUCCGACAGGUUGGUUUAAUUUGUGAGCGCAUGCUGAAAGAACGUGAGAGUCAAAUUCGAGAGGAGUAUGACCGUGUCUUGAACACCAAGCUCUCGGAACAGUAUGACACCUUUGUCAAGUUCACAUAUGAUCAAAUACAAAAACGCUUUGAGGCUGCUGCAGUGCCGAGUUAUCUUUCCUAAAUCCAUUGUUGCUGCUGGAAAGGGAGUUCCAGAAAUAUUUAGCCAAACAACUGGAAACCUGCAAGAAACAUGUUUUUCCUCCUUAGUCUAAAUGCUGUGCCUCGCAUAAAUUGCUAACGUUAGAGAAGAGAAGCAAGGAAACCGAAAGUUAUAUGCAUGAAGCGCCCAUGUUUUUAGGGCUUUAUGUUUGGCUUCUUCUUCUCUCCCCAGAAAUAAAGUUUGUUGCAUUGUUUUGCUGCAAUAGGAGACUGAAGUAGGCAUGGCAUUGUUAUUGAUUCCAAGUGAAUAGACUGGAAUAUAUAUUCUUGUCUUCUGGUUAACGCACGUCUGUAAAGAAAAUAAGCAUCUCCCUUGGCCUGCCUUUUACAGGUAGUGUAAUAUUUUGUUUUCAUUUUUUUAUUUUAAUUUUAUUUUGAAAUUCAGAAAUGUAAUAUUAAUCUUAAUUUUAAAAAGACAAAUAAAGUGCUUGUUCAUGAAAACUGGUGACUGCAUGAAAACUUGCAUUGCUCGCUCAAAUUGAAAUGUGUUGAUGGCCAGCGUUUGUUUUAAGUUGUGUGUGUGAAAGGUUUUGAGUGUUCGGUUGUGUGUGUUACUUGAUUUAAGAAGUAGACCAUUACAGCUUUGAAAGACUGAAAUAUAAUAUAAAUAUGUAUAGAGUGGCGGGAGGACAGGGUUUGUAAUGUUUUUAUGUGACUCAUAUAUAUUUACUUUCGCUUCUUGACAGUUAAAUUAUUUGUUCCUGCAAGAUUUACCCAUGCAGAAGUAUGUUUUAUGUACAUGAUGCAUCUUGAAAUUGUGUUUGUCUGAAAGUGUUUUAAAUAGAUGUCAGUAAUUUAAUGUUAUUGGAGAUGGUGUACUGAAUCAUGUACUAAAUACAUUAGUGAAAAUUGUGUUGUCACUCUUUAAAUGGUUUUGUACAAAGUCACCUCUCAUUAAACAUCCAGCAAGUCGUUCUGUUAGCACAAACUGGGUGCCAAAACUGUAAAUGAGUCCACAAGCAUCAGACUUGAAAUUCUUGUGUAUGGGGAUCCUGGAAUAUUAUUUACAUUCUAUAUAUAUAUAUGUCAUGAAACGUAAGGCGAAAGAAAUAUGGUCCAUUAUCUUCUUCAAGCUAAAAUUGUCAUAAAAGGGUAGUCCUGUUGUUAGUUUUGAUACUGCCCCAGAUAUUGUUUGCAAGUGGCCUAGUUUUUAUUUACAAUGUGCAAAGAAGAAACUAUGUUUUUUCAGAGGACACUUUUAAGUGUACAAUUUUGUAAAGGAAUAGUUAUAAUUAGCUUAAAUAUUGUAAUAUUAUUUAAAUAAUUGAUUCUAGACUAAUAUUCUGUCAUGAAAUGUAUACUUAAUAUCUGUACUAUUUAAAUGGCAUAAUUUGAAACAAGUACUUAGUGUAGUAGUAUUUUUUACGCAUUGGUUUGUUGCAUCAGAACGUAUCGUGGUGGUUUGAACCCAAUUAAAAUAUUCUCAGUAAACUAUUCCUGUUACUCAUGGUAGAUAAGUUGAUUUCUGGAUCCUUUGACUCUUAUGGAUAAGGAUUCCAUAGAGGUGGCAACUCAGAAAUGUUAAGUUAUGAUAUCACAGGCUGUCAGACCUUCCUUUACACUUCCUUAAAAUUAUUUACAGUUUUGUAGCUGUCUCAUUUUGACAGGCACAAAUUCUUCUUGUUUCAUAUCAGUGAGUCUUUAUAUACACUGAAACCAUUUAGAGCAGUGGAAAAGUAUCUGAUUAUGUGGUCCAGGAGUGACGUACUAGCCACGUCUGUUCCCCAGUAGUGCCAUAAUUCAGAUCACUUGCUGGCCAACACUGUCGCUCACCGCUGCCAUAGUCGUGAAUUUGGGUAAUGCCGGGCCAUUAUGUGCUUUGGAGGCCGCAUUAAGAUGUGGGUACACUGCCAGUCAUUUCCAACAUCUGUCACCCUUUCGUCAUUCAGGACUGAUGGAAUCUGGUCAUUGGGUGCUUCCAGUUACAUUGAAGUUGAUGAAGCCAUUGCUGGUUGCUCGUAGAAGCAAGUGACUAGCUCCAUAGCUGAAUGCCUUCAUCAUUAGAAGGAACCUGAUUAUUUGUAUCAUUUCAAAGUAGCAUGCAUGUAACACUCUGUUCCCUCUUUCAGUUCUGCCAUUGGCGAAUGCUCCUGAAAAUUUGAGGACCUUUACUAUUCAUAAAACAAAUCUUGUAGUACCAAAAGCAUGGUGGUAUAACUAGGUCCAUGAAGGUUGGUGGCAUGUGGAGUCAGAGUUGCAACUCUUCGCCAUAUUCAGUUCAUGCCAAAUCUUGAGAGUAGUUGCAUAAAAUUGUUAUCAGUUGUCACUUCCCAAACACCUCUGCAUCUUCUAAUAGCUGUACCAGCUAUUGCUAACUAUUGCUGUCAAGGAAAAUAUAGACCAUUUAAAUUCCAUUUUAAUCUUGAAGUGUGUUAAGUGCACUUUUGUGAGCCUCGUCCUGUUGUCUUUCAUAUUUGUUGAAGUUACACGAGACCUAAAUGUAUUAAACGUAAGAGUUUCACAGAUACACUGUUCAUGUACAUUUGUGGAGUUUUGAAAGGUGCAUCAUUUGAUGGUGUCCAGCCCAUGUGUGAUGUGUGAUGUUGCUGAUGUUCUCAUGGGGAAUAUACGUACAGAAAUGCAUGUAAUUAGUUUUUAUACAUGUAUAUAUGAUGGUGUUGAAUGGCCCACUGGUACUGCUUGUAUACAGUAGUCGUGAUUCUGUUGGUGCUGUAGCCACGGAGGGAAUGCGAUCAUAAUUCAGAUUCCUGUACUAAACAGUACGCACUAUAAUUUAACUGCUGUGAAAGUGGGUACAUACAGAACACCAUAUCAUCCACACUUGGUAAGAUGUUAGUUGUUAUUUACGAUUUAUUUUAAUUUUUGUCGUGUUUCUUGUAUAUUUUGAAUUGUCCUCGCUAUUUCAGUAGCAUCCUUAUUAAAAAUGUUUCACCGUGUAGCAGUUCUGUACUGAAUGCUUUCUGAAGAUUUUUGUUUCUUCCUGUUUAAAUGCAAUUUAAGAUGACAGAAAUGUGUGCAGUCCUGAAAUUUCACUCAACCAUUUCAAUGACAGCUUGCGCCUACGUUUACUAAAUUAUGUUUUACGUUAAUUAAUCAUGAAAGACUUCAGGUUAAAAUUAAUCUGCUGAAAAUCACCAUUAAUGUUUUUGUAAAUUAACAUGGUCUGGAUGAUGGAAUCAGAAAUUUUCUGUUAGUAUAACAUUGAAAAUGCUUAGUCACCAUACUACAUGGAAGUUCCAAGUCGUACUUCCUUAGUUUAAUAUGUGAGAGAAUUUUUCAUGUGUGCUGUCUGUAUGUUAAUUGCAAAAACACUGUAUAACAGUAGAUACAGCAGGAUGAGAGAUGUUGGCAUGAAAAUGUAAAUUGAAAAUGGCACAUGGAAAAAGAUGAACACUUUUCAUUAAACUUUUAAUGUUUAA